CUUGUUGCAAAACGCCUGUAAGGAAAGGGAAAGAAAAGAGAGAGAGGAGGCGAUAUCGUAUUCGCGUCUAUAUAUCGUGAAAAGCCCCUUUCUCCCACCCUUUAUUCCCCACUCGAUUAGGGUUUUCUAAUCGUGUGUCCUCUCUCUCCAUACCGGUCCCUGAAUCUGCUGUUCGUAUCCUCGAUUUCUGUUUGCUCCCAAUCCCAGUGUUUUGGAAUUACUAGGUUCAGGUUUGGUUUCUGGUCCGGAAGAGGCUCUUCUCCGCCCUGUUGUCGGUGUAUUGCGCUUGUGCGAUUCCGGAGGAGAUUAGAGAUUCUGGAUUUAGGCGAGGCUUUCUUCGCCGUCGCGUGUGAUUUCCGAGGGAAUUGGGUAACUUUCCUUUGUGGGUGGAAUAUUCCGUGUCGCGGGUGAGAUGCGAUUGAGUGUGCGAUCAGAAUCUGUCUGAUCGAGCUAAUCCCACUUCGGGGGUUCCUUCCUUUGUAUGGAAACUCGGAGCCGCAAGCGGGCGGAGGCCUCCUCUACUGCGCCCUCUUCUUCUUCAUCGCCCUCCGGUCCCACCACCCGCAGCAAACGCGCUCGUCUCUCGUCCUCCUCCGCCGCCGUCGCUGCUACCGCCAGAAGCACCCGCUCUCGCUCCUCUCGUACCGCUGCUACUGCAUCAGCUUCGAUGGACACCUCGACGGAGUCGUCUGGAUAUCGCCGUGGCGGAAGGGGUAACAGGCGUAAUGAUAAUAGCAGCUCCGAUAAGGGAAAGGAGAAGGAACAUGACAUUAGGAUUAGGGAUAAAGAUAGGGAAGGAGAUAGAGACAGAGAGCAACUUAAUAUGGAUGCCAUGGGUGCUGGUAGUAAGAGUGGUGACGAAGACGAUGACAAUGAUAGUGGGGAUGAAAAUGGGGGAUUUAUGCAUCCGAACAUGAGUUCUGCUAGCAGUGCUCUACAAGGGUUGUUGAGGAAGCUUGGAGCUGGACUUGAUGACUUGCUUCCAUCCUCGGGCAUCGGAUCAGCCUCUUCUUCCCACUUGAAUGGGAGGCUGAAGAAAAUACUCUCUGGCCUGCGCGCAGAUGGAGAAGAAGGGAAGCAGGUUGAGGCUCUGACCCAGCUUUGCGAUAUGCUAUCCAUUGGGACUGAAGACUCCCUAAGCACCUUCUCAGUGGAUUCUUUUGUGCCGGUUCUUGUUGGACUGCUCAACCAUGAGAGCAAUCCCGAUAUAAUGCUUCUUGCAGCGAGGGCUCUUACUCAUCUAUGCGAUGUUUUGCCUUCAUCUUGUGCUGCGGUUGUUCAUUACGGUGCGGUGUCGUGCUUUGUUGCCAGACUGCUUACCAUAGAAUACAUGGACUUGGCUGAACAGUCUUUGCAGGCUCUCAAAAAGAUAUCGCAGGAGCACCCUACUGCUUGUUUGCGAGCUGGUGCUCUCAUGGCGGUGCUCUCAUAUCUGGAUUUCUUCUCCACUGGAGUUCAGCGUGUAGCACUGUCUACUGCUGCAAACAUGUGCAAGAAGCUUCCGUCUGAUGCAGCCGAUUAUGUUAUGGAAGCCGUACCAUUGUUGACAAACUUGCUUCAGUAUCAUGAUGCAAAAGUUUUGGAGUUUGCUUCUAUUUGCCUUACACGGAUUGCUGAAGCGUUUGCAUCAUAUCCCGAUAAAUUGGAUGAACUAUGCAAUCAUGGACUGGUGUCUCAAGCUGCUUCUCUUAUCUCCACUAGCAACUCAGGAGGUGGGCAAGCAUCUCUCAGUGUGUCAACUUACACUGGCGUAAUCCGAUUACUUUCCACUUGUGCGAGUGGAUCACCUCUUGGAGCCAAAACAUUGCUUCUUCUUGGUAUUAGUACCAUUCUCAAGGAUAUUCUGACUGGUUCUGGUGUCUCUGCUAAUGCAUCUGUCUCCCCAGCAUUGAGUAGACCCGCUGACCAGAUUUUUGAGAUAGUGAACCUGGCAAAUGAGCUCCUCCCUCCAUUACCACAAGGUGUUAUCUCCCUUCCAACUAGCACAAAUAUUUUUGUGAAAGGUUCUGCUGUGAAAAGAUCUCCACCAAGAGCUUCAGGAAAACAAGAGGACACAAAAGGAAAUCCUCCAGAAGCUUCACCUAGAGAGAAAUUGCUUGAUGAACGACCUGAACUUUUGCAGCAAUUUGACAUGGAUCUUCUUCCAGUUUUUGUUCAGAUUUAUGGUUCUAGUGUCAAUGGUUCUAUUCGCCAUAAAUGCCUCUCUGUAAUUGGAAAAUUGAUGUACUUCAGUACGCCUGAAAUGAUUCAAUCUCUUCUUGGUGUUACAAAUAUAUCGAGCUUCUUGGCUGGUGUCUUGGCAUGGAAAGAUCCACAAGUCUUGGUUCCUUCCCUUCAGAUUGCUGAGAUUUUAAUGGAAAAGCUUCCUGAAACUUUCUCCAAAAUGUUUGUUAGGGAAGGGGUUGUUCAUGCUGUCGAUCAACUUGUCUUGGUUGGUAAACCAAACUCUCAUGCUUCUUCUGUAGACAAGGAUAAUGAUUGUCUUGCUGGAUCUGCACGAUCUAGGCGCUACCGGCGGCGGAGUAGCAAUGCUAAUUCUGAUGGAAAUCCACCCGAAGAUCCCAAGAAUUCUGCUUCCAUGAAGGUAGGUGGAUCCCACAAUUCGAUGGAAACUCCUACUGCAAGCUUCACACUGAGGGAAACAGUUAGCUCAUGUGCUAGAGCAUUCAAAGAUAAGUAUUUCUCAUCUGAUGGAGGAGAUCUCGAUGUUGGAGUUACAGAUGAUCUUUUGCAUUUAAAGAAUCUUUGCAUGAAGCUAAAUGCUGGUAUAGAUGAUCAAAAGGUGAAAGCAAAGGGAAAAUCUAAAGCUUCUGCACCAUGCCUUGGUGAUUUUUCUGCCAACAAGGAAGAAUAUUUGAUUGGUGUUAUUUCUGAGAUACUUUGGGAACUAAGCAAAGGGGAUGGUGUGUCUACGUUUGAGUUUAUAGGCAGUGGUGUUGUUGCAGCAUUGCUCAACUAUUUUUCCUGUGGAUAUUUUUCCAAGGAGAAGAUCUCAGAAGCUAAUUUACCUAAACUUCGGCGGGAAGGACUCAAAAGGUUCAAGGCUUUCCUAGAAGUUGCACUUCCUUCUAACGUUGAUGAGGCAAAGGUUCCCCCAAUGACCGUUUUGGUUCAGAAGCUUCAGAGUGCUUUAUCUUCGCUGGAGCGUUUUCCAGUAAUGCUUAACCAUCCCUCCGCCAGAUCUCUAGGUGGGAGUGCUCGCCUCUCCUCUGGCUUGAGCGCAUUGGCACACCCUUUAAAAUUGCGAUUAUGCCGUGCCCAAGGAGAGAAAUCUCUACGUGAUUACUCAUCCAAUAUUGUACUUAUAGAUCCACUGGCAAGCAUAGCAGUGGUUGAAGAAUUCCUUUGGCCCCGAGUUCAGCGAGGUGAAUCUGGUCUGAAGCCAGCUGUGGCUAUUGGAAAUUCUGGGUCAGGGACAAUGCCUAGUGGUGCGGGAGUUUCAUCACCAUCUUCUUCCACUCCAGCUUCCACAACUCUUCGCCAUUCUUCUAGAUCUAGAUCAGCGAUUAACAUAGGCGAUACCCCGAAGAAGGAGCCACUGCAUGAGAAAGGGAGCAGCUCAUCUAAAGAAAAAGGUAAAGCUGUUUUGAAGUCUGGUCAGGAGGGUCCACAAGGGCCUCAAACGAGGAGUGGCUCUCGAAGGAGAGCUGCACUUGACAAAGAUACACAAGUGAAACCUGUGAGUGGAGACUCGAGUUCCGAGGAUGAAGAAUUGGAUAUGUCUCCUGUGGAUAUUGAUGAUGCUUUGGUGAUUGAAGAGGAUGAUAUCUCUGAUGAUGAUGAUGACGAUGAUGAUGAUGAUGAUCAAGAAGAUGUUCUUGAUGAUAGUCUCCCCUUAUGCACGCCUGAUGAAGUGCAUGAUGUGAAAUUGGGGGACUCGAUUGAUGAUGAUAGUAAUGGUCCCACAGCCAGUGAUGGUCGAAUGAAUCCAGCUCCAGGUGCUACCAGCGGAGUAGCUGCAGCAAGGGGUUCUAAUUCUACUGAUGUUGGUACUGGGAAUUCCUAUGGUUCCAGGGGUGCUGACUUUGCUGCAGCUGCAAUGGCUGGGUUUGGAUCUGCCAAUGGUAGAGGUAUCAGGGGGAGUAGAGAUCGACAUGGGCGUUCUCUGUACUGUAGUUCAGAUGAGCCCCCUAAGCUGAUAUUUACUGCUGGAGCAAAGCAGCUUGGUAGACAUUUGACGAUUUAUCAGGCUGUUCAGCGACAGCUUAUGCUGGAUGAAUAUGAUGAUGAGAGGUUUGGUGGCAGCGAUUUCAUCUCAAGCGAUGGAAGCAGGUACAACGAUAUUUACACCAUUAUGUACCAGAGGGCAGACAACCAUGUGGAUCAGUUGUCAGUUGGUGGAGCAAGUUCUACUUCAUCUUCGAAAUUGACUAAAUCUGCCGCUGGUUUGAGCUCAGAAUCUCAGUCACAUAGGGCAUCUCUUCUGGAUAGUAUCUUGCAAGGGGAACUGCCAUGUGAUCUUGAGAAGUCAAAUUCUACAUACAAUAUAUUGGCUUUGUUGCGUGUGCUGGAGGGUUUGAAUCAGCUUUCCUCUCAUUUAAGAGCCCAAAUAGCGUCUGAUCAUUGGGGAUGAUGCAGCACUCAUCAAAUGCAACUGCAGCAUCGAACGGGACAGGAGCUUCAGACUGAAGAGUUCAUAAAUAGUAAACUAACCCCCAAAUUAGCCAGACAAAUUCAAGAUGCGCUUGCUUUGUGCAGUGGGAGUCUUCCUUCUUGGUGCUACCAGCUGACUAGGGCAUGUCCGUUCUUGUUUCCUUUUGAGACCCGAAGACAAUAUUUCCACUCCACUGCUUUUGGAUUGUCUCGAGCAUUGUACCGUCUUCAACAGCAACAAGGUGCUGAUAAUAGUGGGACUGCAAAUGAAAGAGAGAUGAGGAUAGGGAGAUUGCAGCGUCAGAAAGUCCGUGUGUCCCGAAAUAGGAUUUUAGAUUCUGCUGCAAAAGUUAUGGAGAUGUAUUCUAGUCAGAAGGCUGUACUUGAAGUCGAAUAUUUUGGUGAAGUUGGCACUGGCUUGGGUCCUACCCUUGAGUUUUACACACUCCUAAGCCAUGAUUUGCAAAAACUUUCUCUUGGGAUGUGGAGAUCUAAUUCUGGAGACAAGAGACCCAUGCAAACGGACGGAGAUGAAGGUAAGAAGGGAAAAUCAUCUGCAGCUACUGACGGAGAUUUAGUUCAAGCACCUCUUGGAUUGUUUCCUCGACCUUGGGCUCCAAAUGUCGAUGCUUCCGAAGGCACACAAUUAUAUAAAGUAAUCGAGUAUUUCCGGCUUCUUGGGCGAGUAAUGGCAAAAGCCCUUCAAGAUGGCCGACUGUUGGACCUGCCAUUGUCUACAGCAUUUUAUAAACUUGUUCUUGGCCAAGAGCUUGAUUUGCCUGAUAUUGCUUCAUUUGAUGCUGAAGUUGGCAAGACUUUACAUGAACUGUCUGUCCUUGUUGACCGAAAACACUAUCUGGAAUCAGUAGGUGGUGACAACCGCAAUGCGGUUUCUGAUUUACAUUUCCGUGGAUCCCGGAUAGAAGACCUCUGCUUGGACUUCACACUACCUGGCUAUCCCAAUUAUAUCUUAAAACCAGGAGAUGAAACUGUUGAUAUUAAUAGUCUUGAGGAAUAUAUAUCCCUGGUUGUUGAUGCAACAAUUAAGAGAGGAAUCGCUCGACAGAUGGAAGCUUUCAGAUCCGGGUUCAAUCAGGUGUUUGACAUCACAUCUCUGCAAAUAUUCACACCGUUUGAAUUGGAUUACUUGCUCUGUGGUCGAGGAGAGCUGUGGGAGGCGGAGUCACUAGCUGAACAUAUCAAGUUUGAUCAUGGUUAUACUGCCAAGAGUCCAGCAAUAAUCAAUUUGCUGGAGAUCAUGGGAGAAUUUACAGCAGAGCAGCAGCGGGCUUUCUGCCAAUUUGUUACUGGAGCUCCCAGGCUUCCUUCUGGCGGCUUGGCAGUUCUAAAUCCAAAGCUGACUAUUGUGAGAAAGCACUCAUCAAAUGCAACUGCAGCAUCGAACGGGACAGGAGCUUCAGAGUCAGCGGAUGAUGAUUUGCCAAGUGUCAUGACAUGUGCAAACUACCUUAAGCUCCCUCCGUACUCCACAAAGGAAAUCAUGCAUAGGAAGCUGAUGUACGCGAUCAACGAAGGGCAAGGAUCUUUUGACUUGUCAUAAAUAAAUCUCUCGCGGACGGGGGAACUUACUCUGGUGUACAUCACAAGGAAAGACCAAGAGUUGCUUAUUGAUUUUGAUUUUUCUUUUUUUCUACUCUGCUGGUUUGGUUGCUUUCUAUUGAAGAAGGUGGUUCCAUUUAAAGCCAUUGGUUUUGGUGUUUGCA